AUGGCAGCAGCUCCCGCAGACGCAGGGCCACAAAAGCCCAAACGCAAGGUCGAUGAAGGUCCGAAGCUCGCCCGAGAAGAGACAUUCGCGCUGGUCCAGUCUUGGACGCAAGAACACAAGGCAGAGAUAGAGGAGCAAGGCGGAUGGCAAUGCGAGAAGAAGCUCAUCGGCACCUUUCGCUCACUGCCCGCUACCCGAUCUUCAGCUGUACCCGAUGUCUCGGCCGCUAUCGCACAAUCUCUCGGAGAGCUCUUGGGGCCCAAACCGGCAAAAGAACCUGUUGCAAAGGUCCCGAAACCAACAGCCGAUGCAAAGGGUAAAGCGACAGAGGCGCCCGUGCCCGACAUGUUCAAGGAAGGCUUCCUCGCGCACUUACACAAGCCAGGCGAGAACCCUCAGAUCGAUCAGAGAUUCAAAGAGGAGCAUCUCAGAGCGACGGGCGGCAAGGUCGUCACUCGUUUCCCGCCAGAACCCAGCGGAUCGCUCCAUAUCGGUCAUUGCAAAGCCAUUGCGAUCAACUUUGGGUAUGCUCAAUAUCACCGCGGGAUAUGCUACUUGCGCUUCGAUGAUACCAACCCGGCUGCGGAAGAAGGCGCACACUUUGACGCUAUCCUUUCGACGAUCCGUUGGCUGGGCUAUGAGCCUUAUCAGAUCACUUACUCCUCUGACCACUUCCAGCGACUUUACGAGCUAGCUCAGCAACUCAUCAAGAAGGGUAAAGCCUACACCUGUUCGUGUACACCCGAGCAGGUCAAGUUCAACAGGGGUGGAGAAGAGAGACCGACUCGUAUAGCUUGCGAGCACCGCGACAAGCCGCCCCAGCUUUGCCUGGACGAAUUCGAGGGGAUGCGACUGGGCAAAUACAAAAAGGGUGAGGUGACGCUGCGAAUGAAGCAAGAUCUGGAGAAUCCGAACCCGCAAAUGUGGGAUCUCAUGGCCUAUCGUAUCGUCGAUGAGCCACAUCACCGGACGGGCUCAGAUUGGCGUAUCUAUCCCACCUAUGACUUCACCCACUGUCUCUGCGAUAGCUUUGAGAACAUCAGUCAUUCACUGUGCACGACAGAGUUCAUAGCAGCUCGAGAAAGCUACGAGUGGCUCUGCGACGAGCUGGAGAUCUACAAGCCGCGCCAAUCCGAAUAUGGCCGUCUGAGCUUGCAAGGGACGAUCACAAGCAAGCGCAAGAUCAACAAGCUCGUCGAUCUCGGUCACGUCAUGAGCUGGAGCGAUCCUCGUCUCUACACCGUCGAUGCACUCAGACGGCGAGGCGUACCCCCAGGUGCGAUCCUCGACUUUGUCAACGAGAUCGGCGUCACUUCUGCUAUAUCGACGAUCAGCUUGGCCCGGUUUGAGCAAGCCAUACGAGCCUACUUGGAAGUCAAUACGCCCCGACUCAUGAUGGUGCUUGAGCCUGUCAGAUUGACCCUCACAAAUGUACCUGAUGAUUAUGUCGUCAUGUGCGAGAAGCCUCUGCAUCCGAAGAAUCCUGCCCUGGGCAAGAACACCGUGCCUUUUGCAAAGCACGUCUACAUCGAUCGCUCCGAUUUCAGAUCGGAAGACUCGCCAGACUACUUCCGUCUUGCGCCUGGCAAAUCAGUCGGUCUGCUCAAUGCGCCACAUACUGUCAAGUGCACUUCGUUCAAGACAGACGCGUCCACGGGACAGGUCGUCGAGAUCUUGUGCAAAUUAGAGAAUUCGGGACCUUUCGUCAAAUCAAAAGCGUACAUCCAAUGGGUGGCAGACCAUGAGCCGUCGGGCAGUCCGGUACGAAUCAGCGAGACGCGUGUGUUCCACGCUUUGUUCAAGUCUGACAACCCGGCUGGCGCGCCGAACUUUUUGGACGAGGUCAAGCCGAACAGCCUCGAGGUCUUCCAGAGCGCGUUGAUCGAGACUGGCUUCCUCGAUGUGGCUCAGACGGAGCUUGCCAAAGCCAAGGCGGAUGCCGAGAAGAGGACCUCAGCAGUCUCUCAAGGUCAGCAUGAUAGAUCGAGUGCUGGCGCGCCAGAGGCAGAGGCUUCGCAGCUCUACGGCUACGAGUCCAUACGCUUUCAGGGUAUGCGAACGGCCUACUUUGCCGUCGAUUAUGACAGCGAUCUCGUCCUCGAUGCAUCCAAGCCAUCCAAGAUCAUCCUCAAUCGUAUCGUUUCGCUCAAGGCAGACAGCGGUAAAAAUUCCUAG